AUGCACGUAAUACUCGCCGGUUCGGGUGACUUAGCUCGCUAUAUCUGCGAGGAAUUCACCAAAGCUGGGCACACGCUCACCGUCCUGACUCGAAGUCACAAGCCGCAGUUCGAGCAACCAGGGGUUAGCCAAUGCAUUACAGAUUAUAGUCUCUCGUCGUUGGAGCAGCCUCUCGCGGAUGGCGAGGUUCUCAUAUCGGUAAUUUCGGAUCUUACGGACGCCUUCAUCGACGUGCAUCGCGCCCUCAUCCAAGCCUGCCAACAAAGCCUGAAGUGCAAACGCUUAAUAGCGUCGGAGUUUGCGGGCGAUAUUGAGACAUACCCGGACCAGCCGGGGUUCUACUAUCGCACGCGAGGACCUGUCCGUAAGAUGCUGCAAGACCAGACAGAUAUUGAGUGGACUUGCGUCUCGAAUGGCUGGUUGGCCGACUAUCUCCUGCCAGCAAAGAACCGAUACAUCAAGGACAUUGGCGACGAGCACCCUGUCAAUCUUGUCGAGAGUGCCCUGGUGAUCCCCGGUACUGGGAACGAGCCGGUGGACUUCACCUGGGCACGGGACGUCGCGAAGGCCCUGGCUCAACUUGUCAAUGCUACACUCUGGGAGCCAUAUACUUACAUGUCCGGGGAACGCGCAUGCUGGAACAGCAUUGCAACGCUCUUGAAAGACAAGUACAAUCGAGAUUUCAAGACAAGCUACGUGUCGCUUGACGAUAUCACGAAGAGCAUUAGGACAGCCAAGGACGAGAAUGCGCUCUUCCUGGCCGACCAUCACCUCUUUUCGGCCAGCCACGCCAGUUCUCUGCCGAAGGACACAGUGCAAGCCCACAGAGAGAAAUAUUUUCCGGGAAUUCAUUUUCGGACACUGGAAGAGGGGUUUUCCGAGCUUGAUUGUACGCCGGAGAUAAUCUUGUGA